UCAGGACCUGAGCCUGGUCCAUCCCUUUAGGAGAAUAUCCAGCACAUAUCAGGAAGAAACGGAGGAACAUGGGUGAGCACACUCCAGCACCAUCUCCAGGCCGCUCCUAUUAUGGCUUUGUCUUGUACCUCCUGGGCUGGGCUGGUAUUAUUAGCUACCUGGCUUGGGCUCUCAUUCCCCAUAGCUACCUGGCAGCACUUGGACUAACGUACAUCCCCCAGCCUUACUGGGCACUCGCCUUCCCUAGCGUCAUCAUAACACUUGUAUUGAUAUUCGUCUUCUUCAUAUACCCCUCCCUCAACCUGAUCCUGGCUCUUCCUCCCCAUGACAUUAGAAAUAUUACAGAUAAUAUGGCCAUGAGAGAGGAAGAUUAUCCAAGGGUCGAGGAGUAUGGUGUGCCUCCUGUGUGUGACUUGCCUAUUUCUCAGGUUUGCAGAGCUCUGUAUAGAUGAUAACUCGUGUUUUUUCACUUCAGGAUUGGCAUGGACACAAAACUAGUUGUAGGGAGAGGCCUCAUCGUACAUAAGUUUUUAAGAUCAAGCCAAUGGUUGUAAUUUAAACUCAGAUUUCAGCUUUGAUGGGAAAUUGGAAGUUUGUUUCACUUCUUUUGUGAAAUAGUUGUAUUUGUGAGAUUUUGUCCAUCAAUCAUGAAUUGCUUUUAUUUUUACUUUUCUUUUUAUUAAUCAGCAACCAAAGCAAUAAAGCUGAUUCUUUGUA